AUGGGCAAAGUUGAAGGCGGCAAAGUUGUCGGAACGGUCGAGCUGGAUCGGAAUUUCACGCUUUCGUCGGCAUUUUCCGGUGCCUCAUUCCGCCGGAAGAUCAUCAAUGCCAUUCGCUGCGGCGGCGGAAUCCCUCAAAAGCCAAGUAGUAAACCCGAAAAGAGGAGACAACCCGGAUCCAACAAGUUGUCGGAGCUUUUGAAGCAACCCGAGUGCAGGGAGAAUGAGGAUGAAGUAAGGAAAAAGGAGGAGUCAUUGGAGGAGCUAAAACGAGUAGCUAAGAAGCUUCAACAAGAGAGCAACUCAGAGGAAGAAUUGAAGAUAAAUGUGUUGGAGGGGGCGAGGGAUGUUAGGAGGUUUACAAAAGAAGAUUCUGAGGCAAGGAUCACUCUAGCUCUUCUGGGCGUCAUUCCGCCGCUUGUGGCGGCGCUUGACGCGGAGGAUCCCACUUCUCAGACUCAGAUCACCGCCCUUUAUGCGUUGCUUAACCUCGCCAUUGCCAAUGAUGCAAACAAAGCUGCUAUUGUUAAAGCAGGGGCUGUCCACAAGAUGCUAAAGCUAGUCAAAUUUUCUGAUGAAUCACCUAAGCAGUCUGUUGCUGAAGCAAUUGUAGCGAAUUUUCUUGGAUUGAGUGCACUCGAUUCAAAUAAACCGAUCAUUGGUUCUUCUGGUGCAAUCCCAUUUUUGGUGGAAACUCUCAAAGAUUUCAAAGAGGAAAUUCGUUCUCAAGCUAAACAGGACUCUCUGCGAGCACUCUACAAUCUUUCCAUCUUGCCUUUGAACGUGCUUUUGAUGCUGGAGACUGAUCUGAUACCACUUCUCUUGAGCAAGCUGGGAGAUGUGGAUGCAAGUGAAAGAAUCCUCUCUAUACUUAGCAACGUAGUGUCAGUUGCGGAGGGGAGGAAGGCAAUUAGGAUUGUUCCUGAUGCCUUUCCAAUACUAAUUGAUGUAUUGAAUUGGACGGAUUCACCAGCAUGCCAAGAGAAAGUGUCGUACAUUCUUAUGGUGAUAGUUCACAAAUCUUAUGGAGAUAGGCAGGCAAUGAUCGAGGCUGGAAUUGCCUCCUCCCUUCUUGAAUUAACAUUACUAGGGAGCACGUUGGCACAAAAAAGAGCUUCGAGGAUAUUGGAGUGUUUAAGAGUGGAGAAAGGGAAGCAAGUUUCGGGAGGCUUGGGAUCAGGAUUGUCAGCUCCAUUGUGCGGUCCUUCACCUACUCAUCAAUCAGAGGAAUUAUUCGAAGGGGAGGACGAUAUGUUGAGCGAAGAGAGGAAAGCAGUCGGGCAACUAGUUCAACAAAGUUUGCACAAUAACAUGAAGAGAAUGAUGAAGAGAGCUAAUUUGCCACAAGAUUUUGUUGCUUCUCAUCAUUUCAAGUCCCUUUCAUCAAGUUCCACAUCUAAGAGCUUACCAUUUUGA